AUGGAUCAAUUUCAUGAUUAUCAAACAAAAUUAUUUGAAUUAUUAUCAAUGAAUCCAUUGAUAAAAGAAUUAGAAGAACAAGCUAAAACUAUUGAACAUUUACGUCAAAGAAUUGAUCAAUUAGAAUCAUCCAAAGUAACUCAAUCAAUCCUAUCUCCCAUUUCAAAUGAUCAAUAUAGCAUCAAUGAUAAUGAUUCGACUGAUAAUUUACAAUAUGAAGUAAAAUUACUUAGAGAAAGAGUUUUUAUAUUGGAAACUGAUUUUUUAAUCAAAAAUAAAGAAAGUCAAGCUCAAAAAGAAGAACUAGAACUAUUAAGGAAAGAAAAUGAUGAAAUCAAGCAAGAGAUGUCAAAGAUCCUUGAAAUGAGUUUCAGUCAAAAGCCACCACUUCAGGAAUUCGUUAAACCGACAAUUAAAGCAUUUGAUAAAAAAGAAUCUCAAUUAAACAAACCGAUAAGCUCAGAUACAGACGAUGAGGAUUAUAUAAAAUCAACAAGCAGACCGCCUUUAAAUUCUAGAAGAAACAUUGUAACUAGGGACAUUCAAAUACCAAAGACAUCAUAUUAUUCUGACCAGGCAAAAAAUAUAUCUGUCCCAGCGAAAAAUAAUCCUUUAACACCAACAUCACCAUCUCGUACUGAAAGACGUUUCGAAAAUUUAUUGCCAGAAAGACAAAAUUCAGGAUUUUAUAAAAAUUCUCAAUAUAUUCCAGGGCAAAUCCAUAAACGUUCAAAAAGUGAAACUCGCUCGUCUCAAUCACAACCUAUUCAAAUCAACACACCUAUUGCUUCAAAAAGACCACAACAUUAUUCUAAACUUACUUAUAGUAACGGUUCACCAACAUCUUCCCAAUCGGGGAGCGAUUUAAUGAAAUCAAAUAAUAAUUAUUUAUCUGAUGAUAGUGAAGAUCAUGAGUAUGUUGGCGAACGAAAUAUUAUGGAAUCUAAAUCAAAUACCGACCAGAGUAAGGAAGAAUCAUCUACUUCACACGAUGAUUUAUGUAAAUGUAAUAAAUGUGUUGCUGCUCAAUUAAGAGAGAUUGAAUUCUAUCGAAGUAAAAUGCAAGCUAACAACUAA